GCGUGCUCUUUCACGAUGAAGGCCAUGGAGGAUCAAGUAGUCCAAGAAGAACCAGGAUACCAGGAUGAUGAGGAAUCCUUUUUUCAGGAUAUUGACCUGCUGCAGAAGCAUGGAAUUAAUGUAGCAGAUAUUAAAAAGCUGAAGGCAGUUGGGAUUUGCACAAUCAAAGGAAUCCAGAUGACCACAAGAAGGGCACUAUGCAACGUGAAGGGGCUCUCAGAGGCCAAAGUGGACAAGAUUAAAGAAGCUGCAAACAAGCUUGUUGAACCAGGCUUCCUCACUGCCUUUGAGUACAGUGAAAAACGGAAGAUGGUAUUUCAUAUUUCCACUGGCAGCCAGGAAUUUGAUAAACUUCUGGGUGGUGGGAUUGAAAGCAUGGCAAUCACUGAGGCCUUUGGAGAGUUCCGGACAGGCAAAACCCAGCUAUCUCACACUCUUUGUGUGACAGCUCAGCUCCCAGGACCAAAUGGCUACACAGGUGGAAAGAUUAUCUUCAUUGAUACUGAAAACACUUUCCGACCAGACCGCCUGCGUGACAUUGCAGAUCGCUUCAAUGUGGACCAUGAGGCAGUGCUUGACAACGUGCUGUAUGCACGUGCAUACACCAGUGAGCAUCAGAUGGAAUUGCUUGACUAUGUAGCAGCCAAGUUCCAUGAGGAAGCUGGUAUCUUCAAGUUAUUGAUCAUUGACUCCAUAAUGGCACUUUUCCGUGUGGAUUUCAGUGGUCGCUGAGAGUUGGCUGAACGACAACAGAAACUAGCUCAGAUGUUGUCAAGGCUCCAAAAAAUAUCAGAAGAAUAUAAUGUGGCUGUGUUUGUGACCAACCAGAUGACUGCUGACCCAGGAGCAACUAUGACCUUUCAGGCAGACCCAAAAAAGCCCAUUGGGGGGCACAUCCUUGCUCAUGCCUCAACUACCAGGAUCAGUUUGAGGAAAGGGAGAGGGGAGCUGCGUAUCGCAAAGAUCUACGACAGCCCUGAGAUGCCUGAAAAUGAAGCCACAUUUGCAAUAACUGCUGGAGGGAUUGGGGAUGCCAAAGAAUAG